AUGAGCAUGUUCAAGAAGAAGAAGAGCCUCUUGCGCCUCAGACCCGGGUCCAGCGAGUCGUCGAACCCCUCGUCGAACCUCCCCACCCGCCCAUCGGGCCCAACUCUCCCUUCGCCGCCGCCGCAGGACACCAGCUUCCCCGUGCGGAUCGACGACUUUGGCCGACCCAUCACGACCGACCGGCCAGCCUUCGCGGCGCAGGCGACGGGCUCGAGUGGCUUUGGAAGUGGGUACGGCAUUGGCGAGGACAACGAGGUGCAACCGGCCGAGAUGCAGUUGCUCUACGGCUACGCGCCAAUAGCGACAACGGUAGAGCUGGGGAUCAUCAAGGUCGAGCGGAUCGUGCAGGCUUGCGCAGAGCAGAUUCGGAAACGAGGUCUCGAUACCCCGCUGAUUCUGUCGAGCAUGGCGCUAGACAUCUCGCUCGACGGCGUCUGCUCCCUCAUCCGCUCGUACCUCGAGGACCACGAGACCUGGCCGCAAGACCUCGAGCUCGCCAAUCCGCGCUCGAUCGGAGCAUUCAUGAAGUGGAGCUUAGCGCGCCUGGUCAACGACCGCGGAGGGCGCGGCUUCGUCAGCUGGGAGCUGUACAACGAGUUCAAGAAGGCUGAGCGAGCAACGGGCUAUCAACCUCGAUCCUGCACUCUUCACCUCGUCUCGCGCCUCGCCGCUUCGAAUGGCCGCUUACUCUCGAGCCUGCUCUCCCUCUUCUCCUCCAUCUCCGCUCACUCAGCCAAGAACGGCAUGUCGCCGCGCAAGCUCGCCGCGCUCUUCUCCCCAUACGUCUUCGGCCUGCGCGACGACGGCUCCUUUGACGAGACAUACGAAGAGUGGCAGCGUGGGACAACAGCUCUCGAGCACAUCCUCCUUAGCUUUAUCCGGAAUCAGCAAGCGGAAGGCGCUCUACCAACUUUUCUCGAACGCUUCAUCACCGGCUAUCCCGAAACUCUCGGCCUUUCCUACGACAACUCGCGCCCGCACGUCCCGAAGGGCGCGCCGGUGGAAGAGGUCAUGCGCGUCAAGCGGGUCACGCGCUUCCAUUCGCGCAAUCUGAUCCAGCAAGCUGCGACAUGGGAAGUGCCCUAUUCGAACGACUGGAAGCUCUUCCUCGCACCCACGACCUCGACGUCGCCCGACCAGCCUGUCUACGCGCCCUCGUAUCGCCACUUGCUCAACAUCCGCGAUGGUCUCGUCGACGAGGAGGAUGACGCGCUCGAGAUGCAGCGGUUCCGCUCGAUGGUCGACAAGGAGUGGGCGCAGUUCGGGCAGAAGGGCUUCCAGGAUGUGGAUGCGAAGAAGCUCGAGUUUGACUUAACGGAGGGCGAGCGUGAGGCGGUCAAGCGGAAACGGGAUACGCUCGACUGGUCCACUUUCGAGACGACUGGCUUCUCUGGCCGCGACAUCUUCGCCCCGACCGACCUUGUUUUCCACCAAAGCAUCGGUCAGCGCGUCAACACCUGGCCAUCGUCCGCUCAGAAGCUGAACGAGCGGCUCCGCGAGACGGAGAAGCACCUUCCGCCCUUCCCCUACGACACGACACCGCGAGAAGAAGGUCGCCUUGUCGUCGAGAAGGUCUUCUUUGAGGCCUACGCGGACGUGCUUGUCGGUGGAGGCUGGGCUCGGGACGAGCUGAAGGAGAGCAGCUUCGCGCUUAUUCAAUGGAAGGCGCAGCCGAGGGCCGGCGAAGCCGCGAGAGGCAAGGUCAUUGGGAAUGACCCAAGGACGGAGGAGCGAUGGGUGCUUGUUGAGGAGUUCGUGCCGCGCGAAUACCGCGAGGCGCUGCUGGCCGACCCGAAGGCGAAGAAGCAGGCGAAGCGGGUCUCGUUCCUGCGAGCGGUUCGACGCAGGAGUGGCGGCAACUCUGCCUCACCUCGAGCUUCGCAGCCAUCGGCAGGGCACGGCAACCUCGGUGGCCUGCUCUCGCCUCCGCUCAGCUCGUCGUACAAUCGCAAGGAGAGCACCCUUCGACCGAUCGACGAGAACGUCUUUAACCCCGACAACAACGCCGAGACCAAGUUGAUGUCGCUCUCGAAUGUCCACCUCGGCCCUCGCGACACCUACGCCUCGUAUGGUGCGACGACCUCUUACGCGCCAUCGUCCGCCUACGCACCUUCCGUCGUCUCCACCGUACGCGCUGCGGACGGUCACACGGCCGGACACUCGGCCCUAGACCUCCACGAUGAGCCGACGACCAGCUUCCGCCCGCCCUCUCCUCCUCCUCCUCAAGCCGAACCUUACCCGUCGCGUCCGCAAGCCGCACCCAAUGUCCCUUCGAAUGGCGCCUUCCUUGCCCCUCCAGUCGGCUUCACCAAGCCGGCCUCCGACAAGCGCGGCUUCCUUGCCCGUAUCGGCUCGCGCAAGAUGAGCGGCGGAAGCGGCAUGAGCGGCAGGCUGGGCGGCAGUGGCAAGAUGGGGAAGUUCUUUGGCGUUGGGAGUGGCGGAGCGGAUGCUGCGGGAGUCACGCUCCCUCCCGCGAUUCCGAGCUACGGCAACGGUACUCUUCGCGGAGCGCCGCCUCUCGGCCCUCCCGUCGAAACGCUCGCCGAUUCCUACGAGUCGCCGCCCGUCCCGCCAAAGGAGUUCGCCGGCGCUCGACCUCACUCUCCGGAUUUCGAGCCUGUCGAAGCGCCAGCCGGCGUCGCAGAAGAGGACCCCUACGACGGCCUCGACUCUUCAGCGGAUACUCGCCCGUCGGAGGACGGUCAAGUCCUCUUGCGAGGGUCGCGCUCCUAUCCCAAAGGACUCGACGCCGAAGCGGAAGGUCGUACUUCCGACGCGACAGAGCCACACGAUGGAGCGCAGUACGCGACAGAAGCGGGCGGACUGCACCAGCAACGACCACCGCGACACGAGUCCUUGCCUGACUCGCCCAAGCCGGACGCCGAGGUUCCCAUCGACGCACACCCUUCCGACCGUUACGCCUCGGGCGUCUCGCAGUUCUCGUCUCGGGUCGCCAACAUCGUCGGCCUGUACGAGCAGCGAGGCGGACAGCCGAACAGACCUGGCGACAUCCGCCUGACGCAAUACGGCUUCGACGAGGCGUCCAGCCCGACGACCGCCGCGCACUACAACCCUUAA